AUGCUACGAAACAAACGAAAGUUUAGAAAGCCGCUCAUUCUCAUAUUUGCCAUUAAUCUAGUAUAUAUACUAACCUUUUUGCUAUCACGAUCAGCCAACAAGAACAUUGACACUCAACAAAUACAUAUAUCUAUAGAGGGCUCCGAUCUGCUACCGCAACUAGCCAAUACUGAUAUAGACUAUGCUAAAAAGUUGGAAUACCUACUAACCAACAUCGAGCCGCCAAAACACACAACCACGUUGGAAAAGACGACCCAAGAAUUGAGUACCAUUCGCGACUCAAACUUGCUUUAUCAAGAUGACAUACUCACUUUUGGCUCUCUAUUGGACCACAUUAUUGCCCAAGAUACAAUGCCUAAAGCCAUUCCAUUUCAGUGGUCAGAUUGGGUAGACUUGUCAUACUUAAAUCAUCAAUUAAAUAAACCAGUCGAACAAAGGCUCAAGUGUCGUAGUUUGAUCCAUGAAAUGAACUUUGUCCCUUCAGGAGGAAGAUCAAGAGCCAAAGCAGACACAAAAAACAUUGGUUGCAUAGACACUGAGACCCUCACUGAUGACGAAGUAAAGGUGUUGGGAUUUCAAGAUCGAUCGGAAUUGCCCGGGUUCGUACAGUUUCGCCAUACACCGGUGUCUACUACCGAGUAUGUGAGAAAUUUGCAAGGCAAGACAUACAUAUUGACUUAUCAGCCACUACCUUACAAAGUCAUCUUUUUAAAUGACUAUGGUGAGGACCUAGUGUUUGAUGUCUAUAAGGGUCGUCCUAGUACAUCUAGAACCAAAUUCAAUAUUGUCGAACUAUUUGAACAAGUUGCUCCAAAUAAAACAUACGAGUACAGCCCACAACCAAUUAUUGAACUAGAAGAAAAGCACUUUACUUACAAUCGCCAAAUUCUUGCUGAAAAAUUAAAGCAACUCAACUCAGCUCAAAAACCGCUUGAUACAUUGCAGCAAUCAUAUUUUAACUCAAUGGUAGCUACAGUCAAAUCAAACCCAUCAAAGAAUCCAGAAACGAGGUAUUUUAAAGAAGCCACUUUGCACAUGAACUUUGCCAAUUCAGACUCUGGUUGGCAUUAUGAUUGGAGAUUUUUCAAUGGGAAACUAGGAGAUAACGUUGAUCGGACUUCAAUCAUUAUGGAACGAUUACUGCGCAACUGGUUCAAAUUUAGUGAAAAACACGGCAUUGUUAGUUGGAUUGCUCAUGGGCCCUUACUAAGCUGGUAUUGGAACGGAGGUACUUUCCCCUUUGAUAAUGACUUGGAUAUCCAAAUGCCAAUUGAACAUUUGCUCAAGUUGGGUGAACUUUACAAUCAAACGUUGGUGGUUGAGGAUUUGCACGAAGGUACAGGUAAAUUUUUAAUCGAAGUUGGGACAUUUGUUCACAAUAGACACAUUUCAAAGCGUGGUAACCACAUAGAUGCAAGGUUUAUUGACAUUGAUACUGGUAUUUACAUUGACAUCACUGGGUUGAGUACAAGUGGAGCUACCCCAUCUUCAAACUACUAUCAAAAUGUCAAUGACGAUAUGGAUGAGGGCCCAGUUUUGGAAAAGGAUCUUUCUGUGUUUAAUGACCGACGCGUUCAUUUCUACAAUCUACGCCACCUUUCACCAUUGAAAUUGACCAUGUUGAAUGGUGUUCCUUGCUACAUUCCCAACUCAAUAAUCCAACGAUUGAAAUUUGAGUAUCCUGAUCGUUCCUUAACUAGGGUGGAAUUUAAAGAUUGGUAUUUUGUUAACAAGCUACAGAGUUGGAUUCAUGAACCAUCGCUAAUCAAAGCAUUUGACCCCAAUGAUUACAUGAAGUCCAAUGGCCGUAUAAACAAGCUGAAAUUAAAGAGAUUAAUCCAAAACUUAUCCGAUGAAGAAGUUUAUCAAAUCUUGACCGAUAAUCAUCAAGUUUUAAUCGACUAUUUCCAAUCUCAAUCAUUGGCUCAAUACCAUCAACGAGAAAUUCGCCACCUAUUCAAAGUCGAUAGUACCAUGCACAGGAAUGUCAAUGACUUGCCUCAGGGCAAAAUUUUGGAUAAUCCACGUGCUCAUGAAGACCAAGAGUAUAUAAAUUUAAUUGAGCAAGGUGUUCAGUUGAAGCCACCGGUUAGAGAGUCAUUAUUUGAGUAUGAAAAAGUUAAUGGACAUAGAGAAAAAUACAACCAAUUAGCAUUUGAAAAGUUGGACAAGAUAGAAGUUGAAUAG